CAAUCAAGCUCCUCCUCCUCAUCAUCCCACAAACAUGUUGCUCUCAUCUUUCCAGUAAAAGAUAGAUAUACAUAGAGAGAGAGAGAGAGAGAGAGAGAGAGAGAACAAAGCAGUAGAGAGAGAGAGAGCUAAAAUCCAUGGGAGGAGGAGUCAACUGUUUCUGGUUCCAGCUCUUCAUCGCUCUCUCCCUCACCACCAUCGCCCGAUCCGAGGAUGAUUGUGUGUACACUGCGUACAUUAGAACCGGGUCGAUCAUCAAGGGAGGAACAGACUCCAUCAUCAGCCUGACCCUGUACGACGAAGACGGGUGGGGGAUCCGGAUCUCGAACCUGGAAGCCUGGGGCGGGUUAAUGGGUCCGAACCACGACUACUUCGAGAGAGGGAACUUGGACAUCUUCAGCGGGAAAGGCCCAUGUCUGAAUGGGCCGGUCUGCUCAAUGAACCUGACUUCAGACGGGUCCGGCCCACACCACGGCUGGUACUGCAACUACGUGGAGGUCACCACCACUGGGCCCCACAAGCCCUGCUCCCAGCAACUCUUCACGGUCGAGCAGUGGCUCGCCACCGACACCUCACCCUACGAGCUCACAGCCAUCAGGGAUAACUGUGGAUGGGACGGUUCUAAGGCCCUCGAUCAUGCUGAUCGUGUUCGCGUUAUCGACGGUGGUGAUGUGCCUGUUGUUUCUGCUAGUAUGUGAAAUGUGCUGUUUUUAAUUUCUUGUCGGCAUGUAUGCUAGAUAUUGCUUAUGUUCUUAUUGUAUCCUAUAGAGGCUCGCCACGUGGUGGUGAUGUUAUGGAUAUGUGGACAAGAAUAUUAAUGGAAUAAGGGUCAAGGCCUGAAAGAUGAUGUUUCAUUAGGAUCACUUUCUUGUGGUAUGUAUAUGCACAUUAUUUCUUUCACCUAAUCCCUUUUAAUUUCGUUUUGUCGUUUC